CCCUCUAUCCGCCAUUUUUUUUGUGUCUCAGACUCAAUCAGGUUGGAGGUGUGGAGCCGAGUAUAAACAAGGGAAAGAAAAAUACUAGUGAGACCUUAUUAUUGAAAGAAAUCAGAGGACAGAAAUAUACUCAGGAAAUUCGACUGUUUUGGGACUCUAUACACAUGCAGGGGAACCGAGACACUCUUGUGAUUUAAUUUUGUGUGGAGACGUGUUGCAGGCCGCCAUUUUUGUUACUGCCUCAAAAGUCUGUCGGUACUCAAGAAAAUAAUUGAACAUAUAUAUUUCGUGCCUUACAGUUCGACCAAGAAGAUACAGAGUAACAAUUUGGGCUCCGGCGCACAGCUAUUUGCAACAUUGUAUCGACAAUGGAGACUCGUUUAAUCAAGUAGUGAGGCGACCUUUUCCGUUCUCAUUUACUGACAGGGACUGGAUAUACAUUAUAUUGUUUCAUGAGAUGUAUGUUUGCUUUUUCGGAAGACGGAACUUAAAGAGGAACCUUGAUUGAUCAUUGAUGCAGUCAGGCAUUCUGUAUAUGUAUUGCUUCUACUUUUAGACAUUGAGAACUGGCAUUUGUCAUUGACAAUAAACGAAUAACCGUUACGCUUCAGAGUUGUCUCAGGCUAUUCACAGUCUCUGAAACGUUUGAAUUGGAUUUAACUAACUGAAGCCUGCAGUCUUCGACUUGAAAAUCAAUUUGGGCGGCUGAUUACCCUUCCCUGGAUCUUCAACAUCGUUAUCUAGCUUAUUUAGUUAACUUCUGUGUUUUUGUUUAUUUAUUGUUUUAAACUAAUAUUUGUUAUUUCUAUUUUGUUUAUAGAAGUUAAUUUUGAUCAAAUAUGUCAUCUGCAAGGUUCGAUCCAUCGGACCGGUCCAGUUGGUAUUUUGGGCCGGUGUCGAGACAGGAGGCGCAGAAUAGAUUACAAGGACAGAGGCAUGGCAUGUUUUUGGUUCGGGAUUCUUCAACCUGCCCUGGCGACUAUGUGCUGUCAGUAUCUGAAAAUUCCAAAGUGUCCCACUAUAUCAUCAACUCCUUACCAAGCAUGAGGUUCAAAAUUGGAGAUCAAGAAUUUGAUCACCUCCCAGCACUUUUGGAGUUCUAUAAAAUCCACUACCUGGAUACGACUACACUGAUAGAACCUGCCCCCAGGUACCCAAACACAGCUAUAGGCACCGGCCCCAUUCAGACGAUGGGCGGCCCAGAAGACAACUUGGAGUAUGUGCGGACUCUGUACGACUUCACGGGCAGCGAUGCUGAGGACCUGCCCUUUAAGAAGGGGGAGAUCCUGAUCAUCCUGGAGAAGCCUGAGGAGCAGUGGUGGAGUGCCAAGAGCAAGGAGGGCCGCAUGGGCAUGAUCCCUGUGCCCUAUGUGGAGAAGCUGGUGCGACCCUCCCCUCAUCCUGGCCAGCCUCCUCACGGCUCCCGCAACUCCAACAGCUAUGGCAUCCCCGAGCCAGCCCACGCUUACGCUCAGCCUCAGACCCCCUCGCCCCUUCCCCCUGGCACCCCCGGAGCGGUCAUCACCCCCCUGCCCUCCAUGCAGAAUGGGCCAGUCAUGGCUAAGGCCAUCCAGAAACGAGUGCCCUGUGCCUAUGACAAGACGGCCCUGGCUCUAGAGGUGGGUGAUAUAGUCAAAGUGACGAGGAUGAACAUCAGCGGUCAGUGGGAGGGAGAGGUGAAUGGCCGGAGGGGUCUCUUCCCCUUCACCCAUGUGAAAAUAAUGGACCCCCAGAAUCCGGAUGAGAGUGAAUGACCUGGACCCCAACCAACCCUCCCUCCCCACAGUGACACUCAAACCUGCUGGCUGUCUCCAUCCCGCCCGCCAGUGUCACCACGGUUAUGUGCUUGCCUGCUUGGGGCUGUGCGACAGCGGUCUCUGUUAUCGUCAUGCCAACCAUUGUGCGGCUUUCUGACUGUUUACAGCUCUGCACUCAACUAAACUCCCCCAUCUGGUUACAGGCUCGUCAGUGUUUUUUGCCUUUGUCUUUUCAUUUUCAGACCAUCGGUUGGUAGUGUGUGUUGCCAUGGCUCCCAUGACGCCAUGUCUUACCUGGUCAUUUUUUAUUUGAUCUUGGUUACAUUUGAAUACUUAGGGAUUUUUUGAGAGCUUGCUUGGACUGUGUGUUUUGUAUUGUGGAUGGGAGGAGGUUAAUGUGAAAAAGAAGAAGAAGAGAAAGAAGAGAGGUGACUGAACAUCACAUGGACUGACUGAGGAGAGCAAAGUCAUAAAGGGCUCCAAGUGGGGCCUGAGGAUAGAACCAGACAGUUGACUGUGUCUCUCUCCAAAAAAUCAUUCACUGUUGGUACCUUAGCCACGUACACACACACACAGAUUGACCAUUACUUGUUGAGGGCGACGUGUGUGUGUGUGUGUGUGUGUGUGUGUCAGUCUCAACACCUCUCUUGACUGACACAAGCUGAGCUGACUUGGGCAGGAGGACAAGGCCAAGGCUGACAGAAGAGUUCAAGCCCACAUGGAUUCUGCCUUGUGGAAUAGCCUCAAUGACACAGACCUAGUUGACAGUUUCGUUAUUUAUGUUUUCCCCAGACUACAUGUGAAAUGGCCAUAUGUGAAGACAUAUUUUGUUUAAUUUGUGCCAUAAAUUCAGGAGUGCUGAGCGAGGCGUUUGUCGUAGUAUAAGUGCAUGACUGUGACCAGGCUAUAGCCAAUGUUGUAAGAGUACUUAUAAAUGCUGUUGAGGGGUAAGGGCUUUUCUAUGAGACGGAUGCCUCAUGCAUCCAAUGAUAUGGGUCACAGGAGGUGAGCAAAGGUUGCAGCCAGCCAAUGACACCCCAUCAAUGCCUUUCACUGAAAAAUGCAACUUUAGUACAAGCAAUCCUUCCCUGUUUCCUCCCCGGGUUCCCUAAGGUGGUGAUUGGUUACACCCCUGACUCUCGUCUCUCACCAGUGUUGACUGUCAAGCACAGGACCUGAGAAGAGAACUUGGUUGUCUUUGGUUAUGUCUAACUGACAUUGUGAUGCCAGAGCUGUCCUGCUCUCUGGUCUUGGUGUGAGUGUGCUGAUAAAGUGCUUCAUUAGAUCUCUGCUGUAAAGAAGACUUACCCUUUCUGUUGUCUCUUCCCUAGUGCUUGCCCAUCAAUUCCCCUGAGCUUUUUCAUUGGGUAGAGUAAUACCAUUGUACAACUAUCAAUCAUGUCCUGACUGUAGUGGUUUUUGUUAGCCAACUGUUGAAUUGAGCAUUUUAAUAUUUGUUUUAAUAACCUUGUAAACAAUUAGACUGAAUGUGACUUUUUUUAAAGGGAAAAAAAAUGCCUGCUGGUGGCCUCUGUGCAUGACCUCUUGGCCUCUCCCAGGUCAAAUGCUGCUUUGUCUCAAUGAACAUUUCCUCAUUAAAAUAUGAAUUAGACUUGUUUUUAUUGCCUCUGUGGAAUCAAUCCAUUCAAAUGUAGUUUGGUUUUCCUUGUUGCAACCUCUAUAUUAAACCCUCUGAUUAAGCAAUACACCAAUUUUAAUUUAUGUUUUAGUUGGGUAAACAUAUGUUUUAUUAACGUGCUUUGUAAAGGCAUUAGCAGUAUUACUGUUUUUCCCCUCAUGUUUUAGAGUGCCUCUGUGUUGUCCUCUUAAUUCAAAAUAAAAAAUGGUGCCUUUUAUUUUCUUAUACCAUUUGCAUGUGUUAAUAUUUCCCAUGGUUAACACCUGUCCUGGUAUGGCCCUUUAUGUACAGAACAAGUAAAUAAAAUGUAUGUCUACUUCUUUAA